AGAGACUGGGGGAUACGGCGGAGCCGGAGAAGAGCGCUAGUAACAACCGCCUCAGCCCGUCCCCGCCCGCCGCCCUCCCUCGGCACCCACCCCCUCGCCCGCCCCGUUCGCCGACACCGACCAACCCCACCUCUCGUUCCUUUGAACGGCGUCGGCUGCAGUCGCUGCACCAGCCCGUCUGGCCACCAGCGCCGCCGAGAAAGGAGCCGCCGCCGCCUGCGGCCCCCUCCCUCCCCGGCCUCGGGAGCAGCGGGGUGAGGACGAGCCGGCUGCGGAGGAAGAGGAGGCGAGCGGCUCGCAGCCCUCCGGGGAGGCUCGGGCGCCGGCCCCUUCCUCCCCGAGGACGAGUGCCGAGCCGAGGCGCCUGCCCCGAGGGAGGAAAAUGCUCGGGCUCCAUGGCUGCCAGUGAUGGAGCGGUCCCUGGGCUCCCGCUGCCACCGCCGCCGCCGCGUCCCGGCCGUGCUCCGCGAGGACCCGGUGUCUCCGCGCGCCCGCCCGCGCCUCGUUGCUGGGCUCACCGUACCGGGCGCCCCGCCGCCGCCCCGCUCGGAGCCUCGUCGCCCCAGCCGCGGCCAGCGUUUUCUCCCGGAGCAGCCGCCGCGAGCCCAGGGGCUCGCCCUCGAAGGCAGGAACGGCCGGCGCCUUCGGCUGAGGAGGAGGAGAAGGAGGAAUCGCGCCGGGCGGAGCGUCGGCUCCCGUUUUCCUCCCCGGCGUCCUGAAUACAAAGAUUACGGUGCAGAAGGAAAUUGCCCUCGCCUCCUCCGCCCCCCGGUACCCAACACAAUGCACCAGCCGCCCGAGUCCGCCGCCGCCGCCGCGGCCGCUGCAGACAUUAGUGCUAGGAAGAUGGCGCACCCGGCACUGUUCCCGAGAAGGGGCAGCGGCAGUGGCAGCGCCUCUGCUCUCAGUGCAGCAGGUACCAGCGUCGGUAGUCAUGCCCCAUCUUCCGAGGAUUUUCCGCCUCCGUCGCUGCUCCAGCCGCCGCCUCCUGCAGCAUCCUCUACGUCGGGACCACAGCCGCCGCCUCCACAAAGCCUGAACCUCCUUUCGCAGGCUCAGCUGCAGGCACAGCCUCUUGCGCCAGGCGGAACUCAGAUGAAAAAGAAAAGUGGCUUCCAGAUAACUAGCGUGACGCCGGCUCAGAUCUCCGCCAGCAUGAGCUCUAACAACAGUAUAGCAGAGGACACCGAGAGCUAUGAUGACCUGGAUGAAUCUCACACGGAGGAUCUGUCAUCUUCCGAGAUCCUUGAUGUGUCGCUUUCCAGGGCCACUGACUUAGGGGAGCCUGAACGCAGCUCCUCAGAAGAGACUCUGAAUAACUUCCAGGAAGCUGAGACACCUGGGGCAGUCUCUCCCAACCAGCCCCACCUUCCUCACCUGGCACAGCAGAAUGUUGUGAUCAAUGGGAAUGCCCACCCACACCACCUCCAUCACCACCAUCACAUGCAUCACGGGCACCACCUCCACCAUGGGCACCACCAUCCGUCCCAUGCCGGUGUGGCCAGCCCAUCCAUUCCUGGAGGGCCACCCUCAAGCCCAGCAUCCAGAAAACUCUCGACCACUGGAAGCUCUGACAGUGUGAUACCAGCUGCACCAACUUCUGCUGUCUCAUCGGGUGGCUUGCCUGCUUCUGUAAUGACUAAUGUCCGUGCUGUGAGUGCUACCGGCGGCAGUAUAGGUAUAAAUUCUGUUACUGGCACUAAUACAGUGAAUAAUGUUAACCUUACUGCCGUGGGCAGUUUUAAUCCUAGUGUGACAAGCAGCAUGCCUGGUAAUGCUAAUGUAAAUCCAAGCAAUAUUCCGAGUGCUGCUAGCGGGAGUGUCGGGCCUGGAGUUAGCAGCAGCGUUAAUGUGAAUACCCUGAGUGGCAUGGCCAAUGGUACUAUUUCUUCCUCGGCUGUUGUUAACACAAGUGUCCCUAAUGCGGCUGCAGGGAUGACGGUGGGAUCAGUUUCAAGUCAGCAGCAACAACCAACAGUUAACACGUCAAGGUUCAGAGUUGUGAAGUUAGAUUCUAGUUCUGAGCCCUUUAAGAAAGGUAGAUGGACUUGCACUGAGUUCUAUGAAAAAGAAAAUGCUGCACCUGCCACAGAAGGUGUGGCGAUAAAUAAAGCGGUGGAAACUGUAAAACAAAACCCAACAGACGUGACUUCUGAGAGAGAGAGCACCAGUGGGAGCUCAGUGAGCAGUAGUGUCAGCACACUGAGUCACUACACAGAGAGUGUGGGAAGCGGAGAGAUGGGCGCCCCGACUGUGGUGGUGCAACAGCCAGCUCUUCCAGGCGCAGGCCUUCCGCAGAUGGAUUUCAGCAGCACUGGUCCACCGGGCGUUCCAGCAGUUAGCACCGCGCAGAGUAUUCCUCCGCCACACCUCUCCCAAGUACAGUUGCAGUCUCAAGAACUGAGCUAUCAGCAAAAGCAAGGUGUUCAGCCAGUGCCCGUGCAAGCCACUCUCAAUGCUGCGACUGGUAUCCAGCCAUCACCUGUUAAUGUGGUUGGCGUAACUUCAGCUUUAGGCCAGCAGCCUUCCAUCGCUAGUUUGGCUCAACCCCAACUGCCAUAUCCUCAGACGGCUCCUCCACUGCAAGCUCCCCUUCCCGGGGCACCACCCCAGCAGUUACAGUAUGGACAGCCGCAAUCGACUGUUUCCACGCAGAUGGCCCCAGUCCAUGGGACGUCAGUGACGCCAAUCCCUCCUUCAGAGUAUGUCCAGCAGCCGCCGCCGCCGACCCUUCCAUCAGCAGUGUCCACUGGGCAGCCCGCUCCUGCAGGAGUGGGAACAGGAGCUGCGGUGAUUCCCAUGGCUCAGCCACAGAGUGUCCAGCUGCCAGUGCAGCCCACAACCAUCCAGGCUCCACCUUCAGGGGCACCUGGCCAGCCUGUCGCCCAGGCGCCAACAGCAGUACCUGCUGUACCUCCUGGCAGUCAAAUUGCAAAUAUUGGUCACCAAGCAAACGUGCCCACUGCUGUGCAGCAGCCCUCUUCCCAAGUCACACCUUCAGUUAUUCAGCAAGGUGCUCCUCCAUCUUCACAGAUAGUUCCACCCGCUCAAACGGCGAUUAUUCAUCAGGGAGUUCAAACUAGUGCUUCAAGCCUUCCUCAACAAUUGGUCAUUGCUCCCCAAAAUACCCUGGUAACCGUGCCUCCCCAGCCACCAGGAGUAGAACCCGUAGCUCAAGGAGUCGUUUUGCAGCAGUUGCCUGCACUUAGUCCUUUGCCCUCUGCAAGUAGCAUUUCUGUCACCAAUCAGGUUAGCUCAACUGGUCCUGGAAUGCCUUCUGCCCCAACAAACUUGGUUCCGCCACAGAACAUAGCACAAAGCCCUGCCACUCAAAACGGUAAUGUGGUUCAAAGUGUUAGUCAACCUCCCUCGAUAGCAACUAAUAUAAAUUUGCCUUUGGCACAACAGAUGUCACUAAGUUCUACUCAGUCCUCUGCACAAUCAUUAGCUCAGGCAAUCGGAGGCCAAGUUGAAGAUGCCAGGCGCCCAGCGGAGCCGUCCUUAGUUGGCUUACCUCAGACCAUCAGUGGUGACAGUGGGGGAAUGUCAGCAGUUUCAGAUGGGAGUAGCAGCAGCCUAGCAGCCUCUGCUUCUCUUUUCCCGUUGAAGGUGCUGCCGCUGACGACACCCCUUGUGGAUGGAGAGGAUGAGAGUGCUUCUCUCCUACCAGAGGUGCAAGGAGUGAUCCUAGAGCCACAGAUACAGCCAAGACCACGGAGAGCUUUUGACGUCAGGGGUCCACUUUCUCCACUGAACCCUUGGAGACAGAAUAUCCAGCUUCUGGAGAGAGUGGGAAAGGAUAAUAAACAAGUGGGUGCUUUCCAUUAUUUACUUGGGUUUAUUUAUAGAUCGGAGUGUCCUUCCAUUGCCCAUUUAAUUCUAUCGGUAAACUCCUUGGGUUCAUAUUAGAACCGAGUGGGGCUGCAAUCUGUUUGUUUUUCUAAGAAUGCUAACUAGUGCCCAUUCAAAAAAGAGACCUCAAAUAUAUUUCGUGUUCUCUCCAGAUAAAGCAGUGUCCUUUGGGGCACUGGAUUUGGUGAAUGCCUGUGUAGCCCACAGGAAUUUACAGAAAGGAGCAUUUGCCCAUUUUAGCCUUUACUGGGAUUAGUGGACUUUGAAGUUCUCUUUUAUAUUCCAGUAAUGAAGACGUUUCUGUAUUUCAUCUUUGGGCAAGCUGGACAUUUGCACUUUGCUAAUGUCCACAGUGUAAUGUCCAGGUGUGGUCCUUCCCUGUUAGUCAGAAAUUGUUGGUCUGUUUCCUACCUCAGACUUUAGGACUUCCUAUUAAUUAGAUCUUUUAGAAGAUGCAAUGAUAGUACUGUUACGGUUUUACUGUCAAAAUCUAGGCUUCAUUCUUUAGUAAGAGAAAUAUGAAUGAGUAUUUACGUUUCAGGAUAUAAUAUCCCUGAAAGCUGUAUUAAAUAUACGCACAGUAGUUUUCCAGUCCCCAGGAAAAAUGUUAUUUGUGGCAAAAGAGCCUUGUCCGAGAUUCCCCAUGGCAUUAAGAUGGUUUUCUCUUAGUUUCUUUGAUGCCAAGGGUAGGAUUGGAUCCCAGGAGGUUCUUAUCAUCUGCAGCGGGUAGAAUGUGAACUUGGUGCCUUUGGCAAGUUUUCAUUUUUCCUUGGUGGAUUCCUUCUGUGACUCCAGGUAUCUUGAUAAUGGGAGACUGGUUUAUUUGUUCUCUAAUUGCCCAGAUUUCUUUCAACUGGUAAACAUCAUACUUCUUCAGCAAAAGGAACUCUUCUAGCAGAGCCUUCAUGGAUGAUAUCUGUCCCACAUGCAGCACCUGCAGUUUGGAAGGCAGUGGUGAACGGAGCCAUGCACUAUAUCUAGAAGACACAAGGAUGAGAGAGAGCCACCUGAUCUGAUCUUGUCAUUCAUAAACUUUAAGAUUUACUCUGGUGUACUCUUGGGCUGGAAAUGGAAAGGCUCAAAUAAUGAAAUAAGUUUUUCAGAUUGGAAUUUUACAUGGCCAUGAAAGUAUUCCUUUCUAUUCAGAAGACUGAAAUAGAGCGAGCACGAGAGACUUCUUUCUUUUAAAAGCAGCUCUCUGUAUCUGUUUUAUUUAAAAGAUUUGUGGGAUUGAAAAUCACCUUAAUCAAGCAGGCAGACUUUUUUUUUUUUAGUAGUAUAGGAAAUCCAGAGAACUUAAUGAAACUGUUUUUUGUUGCCUGACUCUGAAAGGAACUAGAAAUAAAAGGUGAACUUCUUAAUUAUUUUCAAAUUACUUGUAAAAUCAGGAUACACUCUUUUAGCUUAUCUUUUUCUGGUCUUGAGCCUUAUUCUGAUUUAUCAGAUCAACAAAGAUUCCAGUAUAGACGUAGGAGAGACACCUUUUGAGAUGAAAGUAGAUGUUCCUUCUUCUAAAGUAGUAAAUACCUAUUAAAUUUGAGGUAUUAUUCUGCAUUGAAGGCAUAGUAAAGUUUGAACGAUACUGAAACAGGCAUUUUAUAGAGCAAAGGAAUUAGUAGUAUGUGUGAAUAAAUGUUGCAAAAUAUUUACCCAAACUGUCAAUUAAUUGAUGGUUAAUAGUUAUCAAAAUUUUUCCAUUUCUCUUUUUGGCAUUUAUUAACUGGUCAGUCACAGCUAUUAGAGAAGUGUGUACAAGUUAUCUGAUGCUGCCAGUUUAUUUGGUAUCAACUUUAAGAAUAGAAAUUCGAGAAUUUUAAUAUGGAAGCAUCUAGAAUGUUUUAGGAAUCUAGAAAUCACAUUUGCUAAGUAUAACUCGGCCUUUAGUCUUUCUUGGCUGUCUUGUUAGACCUGUUUUUUCCUCAUUAAUUAUAAAUAAAUUUUUGUAUGUGUAGUACUUAAAAGUUUAAAACAUCGAUCUAAACUAAAAUUUCUUUAGAGAGCUCUGAAUUUUCAUAAACAAUUACAGUUUUUAUGCUUGGUUUGUUUUCAUUAAAUGUUAAUAAGACAGUUUUUACAAACAUAUAAAUUUAAAAAAUAGCUAUUAAACAUUUUAGACCUUGGGAUUCGAAAGUGAAAUUUGUUUGAAAAUUAAGUUAGUUGAACUCUUUGAACCACAAUAUAAACCAGUUUAUGGCCUGUGAGAUUAUUAGCCUUUUGUUUCAGUUUUGAAAGAUGAAAAGUGAUUUAAUCUCUUAAUCUCAUGCUUUGAUUAAAUUUUAGCUCUGUUUCUUUAAAGUGUGCAAAAGAAAUGUAAGUGCAUUUCUAUUUACGUCAUGCCACUAAAGCUAUUUAAAAAUGAAACUUUUUGUAUAUUAAUGUGAACUGAUUUGUUUAUUUAAACUUUU